AUGAUCGAUAUCAAUACUAUCACGUGUUAUUUGAGAGAGAUGUGGCCCCCAUUUCUAGCUGGUCACGUAGAGGCUACUCAUUUUAUUUAUGAUAUUGGUGUUAAUGGAGAUGUUAAUGGCGCUGGCGGUGGUGCAGCUGGUGGUAGCUCUGCUGCUGCUCCUGUUGUGGCCACUACUGCUGCUUGUAUUCCUGGGGAUUACCAAUACGCUCCUAAAGCCUGUGAUAAUCACUGGCAGCGAGAGCUGUUCUGUGAUAUCUCGGAGUUGCUACUUAAGAAAUUGUUUGAAGGCAGUCAAGUAAAUGAACCUACUUAUGGAUAUACUAUCUUUUGGAGAUGCCUAGCUAAAGGUCAGCGUAGAAAGUCUAGUGUUGGGUUUGCUCUCAACAAUUCAUUAGUAUCCUUCACUGCAGAGCUUCCAAGUGGUAUAUCUGAACGAACCAUAGCAUGCCGUAUUAAACUGACAAAAGUUAAGGAAUUUGAAGAAGAAAUUGUGCACUUUACAGAAUCAACUGGAUGGAAUGGACUCGAUAGUGACAGUGAACUUCAGUGGUCAUUUGCUGGUUCUCUGCUAUUUUCUGUAACAGUAAUUACUACUAUAGGUUAUGGACAAUUGGCACCGAAAAGCAAAUGGGGUCGCGUGGCAACCAUACUCUACGCCAUAGUUGGAAUACCUCUUACCUUCCUGUGCUUAUCAAUGAUCGGUUCAUCUCUGGCUAGUAUUUUCAAGUUUAUCUACAAGAAUUUGUUCUACGCAAUCUAUCGCAAGUGGCUCCGCCUACGAACCUACGUAGACUCGGUGGAAUCACUCAAUUAUCAUUCAACGGUAGCAGCCGCCGAAGCAGUACCUGUAACGAUAGCUGCUGCAGCUGCUGCAGUUGCAGAAAUUGAUAAUAACGAUGGCUACAACGAAAACAACCAUAAAAUAGUAACAUUUGAUAUGCCAACGCUAACAUGUCCAAAUGAUAUUUCAGAUCAUUCUACGCAGAAGCAAUCAACCAAUACUGACUCUAGUGAAAAUGUCUGUGAAGACCUCUCUAAGGAAGUUGGUAAUGGUGCUUUCUCGGCAUAUAAGCAAAGUGAGCAAGACAGGAUAGAGAAACAUUUCCUUCGACGCAGCAACAGCUACUUGCGUUCAAUUCUCGGUGACGAUGAACUUUUGGAAAGACAAUUUUUAUGUAAAUGUAAUGAAGAUAUUUCAUUAGUACCUCCAACAAUACAAUGCAAAGACAGCUCAAAGAUGGAACUCUGUGGAACUGGAUCUAUGGAGCAUAUUACUCUGGAGUCUAAAGAUGCUCUUUCUCCAAUGGAUGAAGCGAAACCAGUAACGGGGUUAAUAGAGGAAACUGCAGAUGAGUCAUCGGAGGGCCAUGAACAUAUUCGAGUGCCCGUGUCAGUUACUCUUUUAGUAUUCGGGGCUUACAUAUGUAUCGGGGCUUCUCUUUUUUCAUUUUGGGAACAAGAAUGGGACUAUUUUAUUGGUUCGUAUUUCUGUUUUAUUACACUUAGUACGAUUGGGCUGGGUGAUUUUGUUCCAGGUUCGAGUGGUAAUUCGUGGGCAAGUGAGGAGAAACAAGCCAUUUGUUCACUUUAUCUGUUGUUCGGUAUGGCAAUGACAGUUAUGUGCUUGAAGCUAAUGCAAGAAGAAAUACGGUACCAGUUUUCAAAUCUAGGCCGUAAAAUAGGACUCAUUGAGAAUGACAACGACUGAGAAUCUUUAAAAUUAAUAAUUGAUUCACAGUAUUACCUGCAACAAAAUCUAUAAAAACGACA